AAGAAGCUUAUGUUUUGGCGUUAGUUUUGGUGAGGAUCUUACCAAACUAGCACUAAAUUGUAUGCGCUCGCUGAUCGGCCAAAAAAUACGAGCCCCUUCGUACUUCGCAAUGUCCGGGUCGCGCCUCAGACUUCCGCGCGACAGCUGGCGAGCAGCACCGCAGCCUCUAGAGCCCAACGCCAGCCUUGCGUUUGGUUAUUGUCCCCACGAGAAACGAUAAUGUCCUCGCGCGUGAUUGAGGAGGGGUAUUGGCGACACCCUCUCGACUUUACUGUUUGUACGACUUCCUACGGACAAUUCUUUGAGUACUUUGAUCAACACGUCUCCCCAAGGCACUUGACAACAAGAAGCGAAGGAUCUUUCCACCAAUAUUCAGAACUGCCAGCGGAGCUGCAGCUGCGCGUCCUGCAGCAGUGCGAUGCACCCACACUAUUUCAACUUAUGCACACAACGCGCUGCCUACGUGUCGAAUCCAGAAAACUCUUCUUCUCUGAUUGGACAACCUGGUACCGUCUUGAAAUGGACGACUUGCUCCAGUCCCAGCUCCUUUCUGACUCCAUAUACGAACCUUCCUUCCUGGCCAAUAUUGAGCAGCUUGACAUCCAUUGUGCAUGUCUGAACUCCAGGGACUUGUCACCCGACGUGACGGAAAUGACGUUUGAUUCUGAUGAGGAACGGUCAAGAUUUGUCAACGAGCAGACUGAAUCAUAUCUCAAAAACUUCUGGUGCACUGUACAGCGCUUUUGUCCCCUAGCCAAACGAGUCAUGUUCACCAGAGACGGACGGUCCUUUCCUGAUAAGGACGUGAUGACCGACUGUUUUCUUAAGAUCGUUCAGUUCUGUCCUCAAGGUCUUGACGUGUUUUUUCAUACAACCGAAACAGCUGAAGAGGCUGUUGGUCGGCGAAGGAAGAGGGUGUUGUGGCUAUUGCGAACCGGUAACAGGAACAUGAUUACAGAAACUGAACCAAGACGCGAAAAGCAUAGAAAGGCUCCCGUGAAGAUUGUUAUUCCACCGCAGAAGCCCCAUCGUGGGCGUGUGGGAGAGUUCAUAAAAGCCAGGACAUUAUUCUUUAGGACGGCUGGUCAGCGUUUUGCUGCUGAAUAUCACCGGGCGGCCGCUGUGGAACAACACUAUUUUCUUGGACGCUAUAAGCCUUUCGGCUGCACAGUCACUGAUUGUGAUGCAUGGUUCGAUCAGCCUGAGCAAUACACGACACAUUUGCUUGGAACCGGUCAUGGCAAGGGUGACACAGCGCAUGGGCAAGUUGAAGUUCUAGUUACCAAAAACAAGCAGCGUCUAGAUCACCUUACGCAGGAAGUACAUCAGGCGCAUAGAAGGUUUUGGGAUUGGUGGGGACAAUGGGAUACGGAGCAACGAAACAUGGCCGAGAAUCAUGUGAUGGAUCAGCUGGAACAUGAUCCGCUUUAUGCAGGAGACAAACCGGUCGCAGAGCACAAAUUGUUAGCGGAGAUUUACUAUCUUGAGGGUCAGAACGAAUUAUAGGUGCCAUAGAG